CAGUUACAUCGAGAGUCUCUUUUAAUUUGAAUCAAUUUAUGAUUUAUGUUGCGUCUUUAUCUAUCUACAAGGAUUCCAAGUUUAAUAGAAAACUCACAGCACCGAUGAACAUAAGUACACAUAUUUUUUAAGUUCUUACUUCUCGGCGACAUAAAACUCAAUAAGUUUCUAAAUGUAAAAUAAUUCUGUCAUGAAGAAUAAAAAAAAAAAUCCUCUGAUCUGGGGAUGGAUCAUUUUCAUAAUUUCCGAAUUUGUUGCAGCAAUAAUGAUUUAUUGUUUGUACCAAUUUCAUAUUGACGAAAAAGGCUGGAUUCAACAGAAAUCACUUUAUCAAACUCAUGCCAUAGGAAUGCCAAUUAGUUUAAUUGUCAUAAAUGGUCACGGAAUGGUUGUAUUUCGUCUUUUGCCUGGAUUUAAAACACGAACCAUUAAGUAUAUUCAUGGUCUAAUUCAUACAAUAGUUAUAGUAUUGUUUUUCUACCUUUGUUGUGUUAUAUACACUUUUAAAGAAAAAACUGGACACUCUGUGAUGCGUCUUGGUGAUUUUCAUGUGCAUCAAGCUUAUUUAACUAUGGGAAGUUAUUUAUUGCAGUGGUUCUCUGCAUGUUUUGUAUUUGUUUAUAUGUAUUCCAACCAAAAAAGACGCAGAGCCUUUUCAGCCUGGCAUAAUUUUUUUGGUGUUUGUAUUUUGCAAGUUUCAAUAGCCACUUCAUGUUGCAUGUUGCAAUGGGAAGAGCAUCAUUCACGUGAGUCGAAUCAGUCACUGAAUGGUGCAGUUGCUUCUGUAAUGAUGGUACUUUAUGGAAUUUUAAUAAAUGUUCUUAUAUUGAAUCCAUUUUUAGAAUGGCCUCUGAUUGGACCCCUUUAAAGACGAAAAAGUAGUCGUUUAUUAGAUUAAAUUAUUUUUAAUUCAUAAUUUUAAAAUAUUAUUAUUUCUUAACCGAAUAAAAUAAACAAAUGACAGAGUUUAAA